AUGCCCGGCAUCGCCCCAGAGGUCAUCAGCCAUAAACUCAGCAUCUCUCCCGCUUAUAAGCCUGUAAGACAGAAGCGCCGUUCGUACGAUACCGAGCGAUACGAAGCCAUGCGUAAGGAGGUUGACAAACUUCAAACCAUCGGCUUCAUCAAGGAGGCUACGUAUCCGGUAUGGCUGGCAAAUUCGGUAAUGGUCCGAAAAGCCACAGGCGGGUGGCGAAUGUGCCAAGACUACACCGAUCUGAACAAGGCCUGCCCGAAGGACAGCUUUCCGUUGCCAAGGAUAGACCAGCUCGUGGACGCCACCGCCGGACACGAAUUGCUCAGCUUCAUGGACGCCUAUUCGGGAUACAAUCAGAUAUUCAUGCACCCUUCCGACAGCGAACACACCGCCUUCAUAACGGACAGAGGGUUGUACUGUUACAAUGUCAUGCCAUUCGGCCUGAAGAACGCGGGGGCAACAUAUCAAAGGCUUGUCAACAGAAUUUUCGCCAGAUACAUCGACAGCAUCAUGGAGGUUUACGUUGAUGACAUGUUAGUAAAAAGCAGAACUGCCGAACACCUGCACAAUUUAUCAAUCAUGUUCGGCAUACUGAAAGACUACCGGAUGAGGCUGAACUCGAUGAAAUACGCCUUCGGUGUAUCUUCCGGGAAAUUCCUCGGAUUCAUGAUCAGUCAGAGGGGUAUCGAAGCGAAUUCCGAAAAAAUAAAGGCAAUCAUCGAUAUGGAAAUGCCGAAGACGACGAAGGACAUUCAGAGCCUUACCGGACGAGUGACGGCCUUGACUUGCUUCAUAUCAAAGGCCACCGAUAAAUGUGUACCGUUCUUUAAGGCCUUGAAAGGGGGCAAACGGAAUAUCAUAUGGACUGCCGAGUGUGAUAAAGCGUUUCAAGACUUAAAGGAUUACAUGGGAAAAGUACCCCUUUUAUCAAAACCACUACCCGGGGAGAUUCUCUCCCUAUACCUCUCGGUAUCUAGCACUGCCGUCAGUUCGGUAUUGAUUCGAAAACUAGAGAAGGCAGAGCUACCGAUAUUCUAUGUCAGUAAGGCACUCCAAAGUGCCGAACUUCGGUAUCCCCCAUUAGAGCAGCUUGCACUAGCCCUGGUGGUCUCGGCACGAAGACUUCGGCCAUACUUCCAAGUGCACGAAAUCAAAGUUCUGACUAACCAACCGCUCCGGCUGGUGCUCCAAAAACUAGAGACUUCUGGCCGAUUGAUCAAGUGGGCGAUCGAACUCGGAGAGUUCGAUAUCCAAUUCAUGCCAAGGCCGACCGAAAAGGCACAAGAGAUACCCGAGACCGGGUUGCCGGAAGAACUUGAUACCGAACGCUUUGACGCCUCAACUCCCGUAUGGAGUCUGCACGUUGACGGCUCGGCAAACCAACAAGGGUGCGGAGCAGGCUUGGUACUGACAACACCGGACGGACUCAAGAUCGAGUACGCCCUCCGAUUCUACUUCCGAACCUCCAACAAUAAAGCGGAAUAUGAGGCUCUCUUGGCUGGCCUUCGGUUAGCCAAGAGCAUGAAUGCCAAACAAAUCAGAAUUCACAGCGAUUCCCAGCUCAUUGUGAACCAGGUAACGACAGACUUCGUGGCCAGGGACGCCUCUAUGCACGCCUACCUUUCGUCUACCCAUCAGCUGCUCCAAAGCUUUCGAGCUUACGAGAUCAAGCAGAUCCCCAGGAGCGAAAAUAGCCAUGCCGAUGCAUUGGCACGUCUGGCUUCGGCAAUCAACGACAAAAUCGGAAGAAAGGUGCCAGUGGAAAUUCUUGCCCAACCGAGCACGAUAGCCUUCGAAACAUGUACCGUACAGUACGAAGAUACAUGGAUGUCUCCUAUCUACUCGUACCUGACCAACGGCAUCCUUCCAGAAGACAAGGCCCAGGCCCGAAAUCUUAGGUACCGAUCGGCAAGGUACACCGUCAUCAACGACGUCCUGUACAAACGUGGCUACACAACUCCAUAUCUCAAAUGCCUUACGGCAGAACAAGGGGACUAUGUCCUUCGGGAGGUCCAUAAUGGUGUGUGCGGCGACCACUCCGGGUCCCGGUCACUCGCCCACAAAGCCUUUCGGCAGGGAUACUUUUGGCCGACCAUGCACCAGGACGCUAAUUCGCUAGUGAAAAAGUGUGAUAAAUGCCAGCGUUUCAGUAGCAUACCGCACAUCCCUACCGAACCUCUGACAUUGAUCCUCGACAAGGUCAAAGGAGCCGGCCAGAAAAGCUUCCCGAAGCACUCUGGGCCAUUCGGACAUCUUACCGAACGUUCCACGGGAGAGACCCCUUUUUCUUUGGCUUUCAGUUCGGAAGCCGUGGUGCCUGUGAAAAUUGGCGAACCUUCCUACCAAACGAAAACCUUCGCUUCGAAGCCGAAUGAAGAAGCACUUUCUCUAAGCCUCGAUCUUCUCGAAGAGCACCGGGCAUAUGCCAACCUUCGGAAUGAAGCCUACAAGCAACGUGUCUCUCGGUAUCACGACUCUAGGGUCAGACACCGCUUGUUCCGAAUCAGAGACUGGGUCAUGCGGAAGGUAUCCUUAGCAACCAAGGAUGCCACGGAAGGAACCCUCGGACCUUCCUGGGAAGGACCCUAUGAGAUCAUCGGUAUCCUUCGAUCGGGAACCUACCGCCUAAGAGACUCCAACGGCAAGACCCUCGAUCAUCCUUGGAACGUGGAACAUCUCAAAUACUAUUUCAAGUAA